CUCACCUAUUCGUUUAGAAUUUCUUAAGUUAUUAAUAUAAUUAUAAAGAAAAUAAAAAUAAAAUAAAGUUUUUCUUCAUCAUCAUAUCAUCUCCUCUAUCCCUCAUUCAGAAUCUCCUCAAAUGGCCUUAUUGCGCCACGCGCCUCUUGUCCGCGCCGUACAGUUGCGCGCCCUAACAGUAAUUGCCUGCGGCACCAGUGCAGUCACGACCUCUACAGUUGCCGUCAACAAGAAUAGAAAAGAUUCUUCCGUGCUCCUCGGCAUGUCCGAGCACGAUCUCCAACAGCUUGCCAUUGAAUUUGGUCUGCAAAAGUAUAGAGGCAAACAAUUGCACCAUCUGUUAUACAAGAAGAAGGUUAAAGAAAUUCAGGAUUUUAGUCUGGGUGAGGUGGCUGUUUUAGAAUUAAUGCCAUUGGCAUUUAGAAGUGAACUGCAGGAAGCUGGGUGGACUGUGGGACGGUCGCAGAUUCAUAAGGUGGUGACUGCUACUGAUGGUACAGUUAAGUUGCUAAUUAAACUGGAUGAUAAUCGAUUGGUGGAGACUGUCGGCAUACCUGUUGAAGAUGACAAAGGUUUACAUCGAUUGACUGCUUGUGUCUCAUCUCAGGUGGGUUGUCCAUUACGUUGUUCUUUCUGUGCCACUGGUAAGGGAGGUUUCUCGAGGAACCUUAGGAGACAUGAAAUUGUUGAGCAGGUUUUGGCUAUUGAAGAGAUCUUCAACCGAAGAGUGACAAAUGUGGUAUUUAUGGGAAUGGGAGAGCCCAUGUUGAACAUGAAAGAAGUUCUUGAGGCACACCAUUGUUUAAACCAGGAUGUUGGAAUUGGGCAAAGGAUGAUAACAAUUUCGACUGUUGGGGUUCCAAACACCAUUAGGAGACUGGCUUCUUACAAACUUCAAUCGACACUGGCUAUCAGUUUGCAUGCUCCCAAUCAGAAACUCCGGGAAAAGAUUGUGCCAAGCGCAAAGUCAUAUCCUUUGGAAGCAAUAAUGGAGGACUGCAAACACUACUUCCUCGAAACGGGCAGACGUGUGUCGUUUGAGUACACACUGUUAGCCGGCGUGAAUGAUACUCCAGAGCAUGCAAUAGAAUUGGGCAAGCUUAUUCACAAAUGGGGUCCCGGAUAUCAUGUUAACCUAAUACCUUUCAAUCCUGUACAAGGCUCCGAGUAUCAACGCCCUUCUAAAAAAUCUAUUCUUGGGUUUUCGACAGCUCUCGAGUCUCGUAAAAUUACUGUUAGUGUUCGCCAAACAAGGGGACUGGAUGCAAGUGCAGCCUGUGGGCAACUGAGGAAUGAGUUUCAGAAAAUCCCUUUUGUUGCUGGUAAUGACGUGGGCCAAUCUGGAAUACAGGUGGCAGAUGCUGCUUCUUGAAAGUUUUGUUUCACAAGGCUUUGCUCUUUUGGUGAUGUUCUUUUGUGGUUGGUAAGUGCAGUGCAUAUGACAUUAGUUUUGUCUCAAUGCAUUUGGCUAAGGCCUUGAAUACCAGAGUAUGCAUUGGUUCCUUAGGACCAGGCCCCAGAAUAUGGCUGUUUAUGAAGCCAACAAAAGCUCGUUCGUGUUUCAGCUACAGCUCAUUCGUUUGUUAAUCGAGUUGUUUUCGAACAGAAAAUUAGGCUCGUUUAAUAAUCGAACCAACACGAGCUCAUUCAUCAACGUUCGAUAAUGUUCACGAAUAUUAAUUUAAUAUAAUUUCAUUUUAUUUUCUGUAUAUUUACAUAUAUUUCGAG